AUGGCAUCACAUGACCUCCCCUACUUCUGCCCCCGCUGUGACCACGCCCGCUUCCCCUCCGUUCUGGAGCUCAGGGCUCACCUGGUGAGCUGCCACACCUACGAGACCCUGCUGGUCCUGUCCCGCACCCGCGCCCGCACCUCCAGCCCCCGGACCAUGGCCCUCCUCGCAGCCCCUGCUGCCCAGAGACAGAGCUCCUUCCUGGGCCUGGAGCAGCUGCCCUUAGCCUGUCUGGACCUGGCCUCCUGCUCUGCCUCGGCCCAGCUGCUGAGAGAGCUGUUCAUCAAGGACGACCAUCUGGGGACGAGCAGGACUGCAGCCCCCUCCGCCGGCCCCCUGGCCCUCCCCACCUCCCUGGCCCGUCUGUCUGGAGACAGGCUGGAUCUGGGGGACCUAGGCCGGAUAAGCCUGGGGCUGGAGUUUGGCCGGGGCCUGUGUCUGGAUGAGAGGCUGGGCCUGGGGCUGGACCAGAGGAUGGCUAGGACGUUUGCGGAGGUGGAGGAGAGGGUGGAGCGCAGGGUGGGGAGGCUGAAGGCAGAGCUGGAGAGGAGGGAGGAGGAGCUGCAGACACAGCGGAGGGCGGGGGAACGGCUGGACCAGGAGAAGAAGGAGGUGGAGCAGAGGGCCUCGCUGCUCAGCAGACAGGUCCAGAUCUCCGUGGAGAUGAUGGCUGAGCUGCAGGCAGAGCUGCAGGGGAAGGAGAGAGCUCUGGACCAGACACAGCAGGAGGUGUGUGAGAUAGAGAGCUUCCUCAGAGAGACAGCAGAGAGAGAGGCGAUGGCCAAGGCUCGUCUUCAGGUGUUCAUCGAAGCUCUGCUGGAGAGAGCUGACCGUGCAGAGAGACAACUGCUGCAGCUCAACACACACACCCCUAGUGGCCGCGUGAGGACACUGUCUCUGGGGUCUGGAGGCUGGGAGAGGCUGGGGGGCUGGCAGAGGCCGGGGGGCUGGCAGAGGCCGGGGGGCUGGGGGGGGUGCAGGACCUGGAGGAAAGGUCCUCAUCGACAUCAUAGCACUGAGGAAGAGGAGGAGGACGAGGAGGAAGAUUCCCUGUCAGAGGACCAACCCUGGAGCACACCUGAGAUCCAAAGACACAUUGCUGUCAGGAACACACACUCACCUGGCACAGACGUGUCCUCGGUGGACUCCAGCCCGUAUCGCCGUGGUGACGGGGCGUUGGGGGCGGGGCUCCUGCGUCUGAGGGCGGGGCUGUUCUGUGUGUUUCCCUUCCUGGACGUGAGGACGCUGCUGCUGGCUGCAGAGGUCUGCUCUGAUUGGAGGAUGGUGGCCAGACAUCCGGCCGUGUGGACUCACGUCAGGCUGGACGACGCUCGCGUGUCCGUCCAGUUCCUGAGCACCCUGUCCCAGUGGUGCACUCAGACCCAGUCCCUGGUCCUGCACAAGCUGCGACCCAGACCCAGACACCCUGCAGAGAGGAGGGAGGACUACCACAAGAACACACGGGCGUGUCUGGAGGAGGGUCUGGAGGCUCUGCUGAGGAGUGCAGGAGAGAGCCUCCUGCUGCUGCAGGUGUCUCACUGUCCUCACGUCCUCACGGACCGCUCACUGUGGCUGGCCAGCUGCUACUGCCACCACCUGCACACGCUCACCUACAGGAGUUCGUCUGAUCCUCUGGGUCAUGAGGUGAUCUGGGCGCUGGGCGCUGGCUGCAGGAGCAUCACUCACCUCCAGGUGGCACCACUGCACCCAUGUCAACAGCCAACAAGAUUCAGCAACCGCUGCCUUCAGACGAUUGGUCGGUGUUGGCCACACCUCCGUGUGCUCGGUGUGGGCGGGGCAGGCUGCAGUGUUCAGGGAUUGGCUGCUGUUGUGCGUAGCUGUGUCGGCCUGCAGGUGUUGGAGUUGGAGCGUGUGAGCGGUCUGGACCAGCAGGGGGCAGGAGAGCUGCUCUGCAGAGAGGGACUGCAGCAGCUGCACACGCUCACCCUCACCUCCACCCCCGUCACCACGGAAACACUGCUGCACCUGCACAGGGUGUGUGGGGGGCUCAGGUCCAUGGUGGUCAGGCUUGGAGUGACAGACUGGGAUGCUGACAGCUCUGAUGCUCAGAGACACAAGCAGGACAUGGUCAGCAGUCUGCAGGCCCUGCAGCAGUGUCCAGGUGUGUGUGACGUCUUCCAGCUGAGGGAUUCUACUGACAUCCUCCUCCCGCCUCCUUUACCACCACUCAGCCAAUCAGAGCUAAGCUGACAACUUCAGCCACCAAUCAGGCCAGGCUGGAAACAUCACCCCACCAAUUUUGUCUCCACUUUUCAUCCUGUAUGUUUAUAUGUUUUGUUUUCACAUAAUGAACACGUUUACAAUGCUUUGUUUUUACAUUAGUCAGAAGAAGAAAACCUCAAGAUUCGUACUUCGAACAUUUGUUUGAUAUAAACAAGGUUGUCACAAUUCAGGAUAAUUCAGACUUUAAACAUUAAUAAAAUAUUUUCUCGAGAUUCAAAUAGUUCCAAAAAAUACUUUGAAAAUGUGUAUAAAACGAGUUCAGGAAAGAUACACACAUAUUGAUUCAUAGUAAGUUUGUGUGUGAAAGCUCCUAGCUGCUCCAAGGAGAGAGUUUCUCCUGAGAUAGAACCACACCACCAUACACAAAUCUAUUAACCGUGACAAUAAAUGGUUAAAAGCACACACGUGUCUUGACUGAACUGAGAAAACAAACUGGGAAAACAAAAGAAAUUGUGAGGAAGUCAGACGGGAAGACAACUUGGCAUAGUUCUGAGGGGAGAGUUCCUCAGGAGUGCUCGCUGGCAGAAUCUACAGAACAGUGAAUAUUCUAGAUAUACUGUA